GCAGUCUAGCUUAGUCAACGGCGCGCGUGUGAGCGAGCGAGGAGAGAAAGUUAAUUUCGCAAAUCUUCAUAUAGCAUGAGAUACUAAUUGAGUGUCACUAUUCAUCCAACAGAUAGAAUCGGAUGCUCGAGGCGCGCGUUCCGUUCUGCUUUCUCGGUGUCAGUAAAUGGUGUUUUAUCGACGGAACAAGUCUUGAGAUUGGUGAUUCCCCCCGUACGGGGAUGCGCAGCUCUAGCUUAGUCGUACUUAGUCCUUCGCACGGAAAUACUAGAUUAUCGAGCCGCGCGGUGUGUGUUAGUGUGUGAAACGGUGAGCAUCGAAUUUCGGAGAAGUAGUCCAUUUCACGACAUUGAUAAGGCAGAAGUUUGUGAUUAGAUUGGGAAGCGUCGAAAUUCGUAAUGAAUGGUCGUACACAUUUGCCAAAAAUGGUCUUGGGCACUGUGUAAAGAAGAGUCCAGUCUAGUGUACUUUUGCGUUGAUGUCUGCCGGAAGGGAGCGGAAGACUGGGCACUCCUCAAACACUGCGUAGUGGCAACAAAAGCUAACGCAAAGCGAUCGUAAAACGGGCGAAAGCAAACACACAUGGUGGUAAAAAUAGUCAACAAGUGUCAAUCCUCCUAUAUCGUAAUAUUUCAGUGAGAAAAACGGAAAAAAGUAACGUCAUUCACGCGGGAAAUAAACGCCCUGCUAUAGUAGUAGACGAAGAAGAGUAAAACGGGCAAAAUACUGGCAAAACUUGCGGUGCAGAUAGAUAAAUUUCCGACCAAUUAUAGCAGGAAAAAAAAAAACACACACGUCGGGUAUUGUUGGUGAUCGAGACCCCAGAGAAAACGUGAAAUAAAACAACAGAGUUGUUAUACAAAUCGUACGAUAGCGAUAUUAGCACUAAUUAAUAGCUCUCUAGGUGAUCGUAAAUUUUCUGUCGCAGUAUCCAGCUCUGGUUAGGCCCAUGUUCCACAGUAGUAGAUGCCUGAAUAAUACAUCAGAACAAUCGACAAAAGUGAGCCCAGUGAUUCCCAGUUUGAUUAAUUGAAAUUUGUUUCGGACGUGCGCGAUUGUUUCGGUGAGCAAGGCUAAACUACCUGUCCAUAAGCGCAGCACAGCAUCAGAUCGGCCGUAAUUUUUCGUAUGCACAAGCAUUGGCUCUGGUGGUUCCGGUGUGACUAAUGUUACGAUCGGUCGAUGAACACCACGAAGCAGAGCGUAUAGUGAUACAGUGUCCAAAUUUCCUUACAGCAACGCUCAAAGCACGUAAUGGUCAGCAGAUAAGAUCGAUUUCUUAUCAUUCGAAGUCUGCCUCCCGAAAAUGAUGAUUCCACGUCAAAAAAGCACGUGACCAUAUACCACUUCCGAUUCAGACGGCUGUGAUAAUCUGUGACCUGGCGUUGACUGAAUCCGCACCAAAGGCUCACAUGUGUGUAGGCAAUUAUGGAGCACCCGCACGACCAGCAAAAUCAGCUGGAAACACAAUCGAUUAAUCCGGUGCCAAACCGGCGAAUUAUAAGCGACCUGCACUUCAACGCAAUCAACACCAAUUAUCAUAAGAAUCAAGCGAAAGUGAACAACAACAAUGUGGUGGUACAGAGCGAUGACUCGAAAAUCUUGCUGUUGCCUUCGAACCAUCGAAAAUUCAUAAUAGUUCCGGCGCAGCAAACCAGCGCCAACGGAAGUGGAGCAACGGCUGCCUCUGCUGGACUCGCUACUCACCACGCUUUAGGCAAUAGUAAUAAUAGCCAUAACAACAGCACUAGUAAUAAUGACGGGAGCACUCCAACUAGUCCGAAUAUCACCAGCUCACCUAUUCCCGGUCAGGCAGUAGCAAAAUUCGAAAUCGGAGAAAGCUCCUCGAGUGGACCUAGUUCGGUUUUGUCUCCAUCGUAUCCACUGGCUUCGGGCUCGAAACCGAAACAGUUCAACAGUCUAAGAUCGGUACGUUCUGGCCAUGAUCGUACAGCAAUCGCUGAUGCACACAUCCCUUCACCGAUCGCCCGGACUGGAUCCUAUAUUUUCAGCGAAUCUGGUGGGACUCCUCGGUUGUUUUCAGAUGCAACAUCCAUUCGGUCACUGGCGUCGAUCGGAGUGGGUUCCACCGACGGGCGACGAAUGGUGAUCCGGCGGGUGCCCAACUCCCCAACCGAGCUGCUGACCAUCAUCAACCCUCCAACACCUCCAGAGGAGCCAUACGAUAAUGAGAGUUAUGGGGGUGUUUCGGACGAUUCCGAACUCGAUAAUCUGAAGCCACGGAAGCAGCACUGGGCCAGUAAGAUGCAGUUUGUGCUGGCAUGUAUAGGCUACUCAGUGGGCUUGGGCAACGUCUGGCGGUUCCCAUAUCUGUGUUACAAAAGUGGAGGAGGCGUAUUCUUGGUGCCGUAUUAUAUAAUCCUGCUAAUCUGUGGCAUUCCAAUGCUGUUUAUGGAGCUGGCAGUCGGACAGUAUACGGGGCGAGGCCCAAUCGGGGCGCUCGGACAAUUGUGUCCAUUGUUCAAAGGUACCGGUCUGGCCAGUGUUGUUGUGUCGUUCCUCAUGUCGACCUAUUACAGCGUAAUUAUAGCGUACGCUAUCUAUUACUUCUUUACAUCCUUUCGGCCGGAUUUACCGUGGACCGAUUGCUCCCACCGGUGGAACACGCCGGAUUGCUGGGUUCCGGAGCGCUUGAAGCAUAACAUCAGCCGACCAGAACUGUCGAGGACACCGACCGAGGAGUUUUUUGAAAACAAAGUGCUUCAAAUUAGCCACGGCAUCGAGUAUCCUGGCGGAAUGCGGUGGGAGCUGGUAGCCUGUUUGGUCUGCGCGUGGAUUCUGGUCUACUUUGCCAUUUGGAAAUCGAUCAAAUCAUCUGCAAAGGUACGCUAUCUUACCGCCACACUGCCGUUCGUGUUGAUCAUCGUUUUCUUGGGCCGCUCGCUGACGCUGGAGGGUGCCGAUAAAGGUUUAAAAUAUUUCUUCCGACCUAACUGGCAGGAGCUCAAGCGGGCAAACGUCUGGAUUAAUGCGGCCGCACAGAAUUUCAACUCGAUAGGCAUCGCGUUCGGUUCGAUGAUUUCGUUCGCCAGUUACAAUAAGUAUAAUAAUAAUAUCCUGCACGACACGCUGGCCGUGUCGUUCGUAAAUGGAAUCACCAGUCUGCUGGUUGGAAUAUUCGCUUUUGCAACGAUCGGUAAUAUUGCCAUGGAACAAAAUACGACGGUGGAGGAUGUAAUUAGCGGAGGGCCAGGAUUGAUCUUCGUAGUGUAUCCGCAGGCGUUAGCCAAAAUGCCAGCCGCUCAGAUGUGGGCCGUGCUGUUCUUCUUCAUGCUACUCUGCUUGGGUUUGAAUAGUCAGUUUGCCAUAGUCGAAGUGGUGGUAACGUCAAUCCAGGAUGGAUUCCCACGGUGGAUCAAACGGAAAUUGGUGUAUCACGAGCUCCUGGUGUUAAUCGUAUGCGCUGUAUCAUUUUUCGCUGGUCUUCCAAAUUUGAUACAGGGUGGAAUAUACUUCUUCCAGCUGAUAGAUCAUUACGCAGCCUCCAUAUCGAUCAUGUUUCUAGCGUUCUUCGAAACAAUUGCCAUUGCGUGGUUUUACGGAAUCAAUCGGCUGUCGAAAAAUGUGAAACAAAUGACCGGAAAGUAUCCCUCGUUCUAUUUACGGUUCUGUUUGCUGAUUGCCGUACCCGCUCUGCUAAUUUCAUUAUGGAUUUUCAGUUUGAUCAAUUACGAAGCACCCACGUACCAUAAUGGCAAAUAUAUCUAUCCAGGUUGGGCCCAUGGUCUUGGAUGGGCUAUUACGGCAGCUUCCUUGGUUUGCAUUCCAGCAUUCGCUAUUUACCAAAUUGCGCGAGCAGAAGGAAGCACACUGGGACAGAAAAUAAUGAACACCCUCAAGCCUAACCUGUAUGAGUGUAAAAUCUGCGGUGAACAUCAUUGUGAUCACGACUUUCCUGAAGAUAUGAACGGCUACGGGCAGGAGAUGACUCUAGUCGACUCAACUUCUGGCGCACCGCUGAUUUUGCAAGCUCCACCGGCUGGUAAUCAGGCCAUCACGGAUCAGCGUGGAGUUGAAAGUUCAAAUCUGCGACAAGCGGGCGAUGAGUCGCAUACGGAAAGAAGGUAGAAAAACCUGUCAGGACAGUUCAGAACAUCUACUCAUCUAGCACCGUAAUCCCUCAGUCCACAAUCGAAAUCCAAAUAAGCGAGUAUCAUAAAAGACAACUAGAUAGCUUUAUAACGUUCCCGCAAACGAACAUUUAUUACUUCUAAUAAGCUGUACAUGUGUAAUAUUUUAGCUAAAUCUAUCGUAAGGUGAAAUUUUACUAAACGUUUCGACGCGAAUAGUUCACUGCUGAUGGAAUCGAAUAGAGAGCGAAAAAUUUACCAUACGGAAAGACUUUGAAUCGAGGAAAAAUUAUACAUUUUGCCUGAUUAAGGCUGUUAUACAUUAA